AUGGCUUUGGCAGUUUUGACAUUCCUCUCUAUGGUGGUCUUUGCACAAGGUAGAACGAAAUGCUAUGCGGACAUAGGAUGUGUCACCAAUGAGUCCCCAUACUGGUCCUUGUGGCGGAUGAUCUCCAUAUUUCCACAAUCUCCUGAAUCAAUAAAAACCCGGUUCUUUCUCUUCACGAUCAAUAACAUCGACCAAUAUCAGGUCGUCAGCGCCAGAAAUCUCUCAUCCAUUUAUCAAUCAAACUUUAAUGGCAGCAGAAAUUCUGUGUUCAUUAUCCAUGGAUACACCGAGAGCGGCGGCGACGAAUGGUUGGUGAACAUGUGCCAGACAAUUUUACAAGUAGAAGACGUCAACUGCCUAUGUGUAGACUGGAGGGGAGGAUCCCGCGCCAUUUAUUUCCAGGCAAUGAACAACGUCCAAGUUGUUGGAGCAGAAAUCGCCUAUUUUAUCAACACGAUUGUGGAUCAUUUUAACUGUUGCUUGUCUGGAAUACACCUGAUCGGUCACAGUCUCGGGGCUCAUGCAGCCGGAGAGGCUGGAAAGAGGCGACCGGGGAUUGGGAGAAUAACUUGUCUGGAUGCAGCUCGUCCUGGUUUUGAGGGACAAUCUUAUGAAGUCUCAGUUGAUCCUUCUGAUGCUAAAUUUGUUGUCGCUGUUCACACAGACACAGGUUCAGUCGGGCUCGGGAUGACGACAUUAAUCGGUCACAAGGAUUUCUUCCCAAACGGAGGAAAGAGAAUGACUGGAUGUGCUGGGAGCCAGAUCCUGGAUUUGGGGGACUCUGUGAACCUUGUGGGCGCGGCUCGAGACGUUGUCUGUUGUAGUCACGUUGCCUCCUACCACAUGUUCACAUCAUCCAUCCGCAAUCCUGAGGGCUUUACGGGUUACUCCGCCUCCACCUACAGCUCAUUCCAGGAGGGCGCUGGAUUCCCCUGCUCCGGUGACAGCUGCUCCUUAAUGGGCUACUACACCAAAUCACCUGGAGACACAUCAUCCUGCCGGGUGUACUACCUGAACACCGGACCACGGUCCAAUUACGAACGAUGGAGAUACAAGGUGACCAUACAAAGCAGCGGAGCCGCAUACACAUUGGGAUCUAUCAGUGUUACUUUGUAUAACUCUUCCGAUUAUUUCACCAGCCACAAAAUAUACAGUGGAUCUGUAGUUGGCGGUAGGUCGUUCUCCUCGCUCAUUGACGGUCUCUUCCCUCCUCCUAUUGUCCGGUUGACGUUUUCCUGGAAUAACUUUUUCCCCUUAUUUAGUCCCUCCUUGUGGGCGGAGUCUGUGACGGUGAUUUACGGGAAUAAUGGAGCUGAGUACAAGUUCUGUAGUGAUGGGACCACAAGAGAAAACAACCCCCAGACACUGACCCCAUGUCCAUAACCCACCCACAUGUCAGAGAGGUGGGCACCGCCAAUAAAGUCACAGAAUAGGAACUCAUCUGUCUCCUGUCAUGUUUCUUAAACUUUGAUGUCUCAUAAAAACUUUAUCUGUACCCUAAAAGUUCCACACAAGGGAACAAAACACAUCCACAGUCACAUCCAAUGACUCCCAGGGGACGUCUUCUCUGAUUGAAGUCUAUCACUUUUUCCCAUUUUUCUUCAUCUGGCCUAGACCGCCAUAAAGAAGACUUCUGUGUUUCUCUAUUCAGGCAGCUUCCCUACUUAGUCCCCACUCUCUACAAUACUAAUUAUAGUGUCAGAUGGUAAGAAUGAAAGUGCUUCCCUUAGAGCCACCACACAGUAUUGGUUUCCACUUACUUCCCUGAUACAGUAGGGGUCUAUUCACACAGCAGAAUUUCCUCAAAUUAAAGCCCAUAGACUUCUAUGGGAUUCUGCAAUCACAGUACACAAAACUCAAGGUUAAAUGGGUACUCUGACCAUGAGACAUCUUAUCCCCUAUCCGGGCGGGAGGUGACGUCACACGGGGGCAGAGUCAUGACGUCACGUGAUCGCCACCCGGCUGUUUGUGAGCUGGCACCGCGGUGUGCAGCUCAAACAGGUGGGUGGUGUUUUUUACAGCAGUGAUUCACCUCAAGCCCAAAUCCAGCAUAGAACCACUGAUGGGUAAGGGAGUGAGAUUGAGAGAGAGUGACAUUUUGGGUUUAGUACACAGCGACUGUGUGCUGCAGCACUGGUGUGUACAACAACUGAAAAGCUAAUAGUAGCCAGCCAGUUAGGGUGAGCAGAGCACUAAAUGCAUAUUGUCCUCUAUUAAGUGUAACUUGUGCGUACAUCUCAGUGGUGUACCAUUUUGUUCCUGUUAAAGUCUUAAGGGCCUAGAUUCUGUGAAAGGCCAGCCAAAAUUACACACUGCUGGUGUUGUAGACAAAUACUGUUUUAAGCGUACUGCAGCACUUUGUCCUCCCCUCAUGAGUGCAUACCACAUACUUACAUCUAAGUGGUGUAAUAUUUUGUUCCUGUUAAAGUCUUAAGGACAUAGACUCCGUGAAAGGUUAGCCAAAAGUACCCACUUGCUGGUGUUGUAGACUAAUACUGCUUUAAGCUUAGUGGAGUGUAUAUUGUCCUCCCUCAUAUACGCACUAAUUAUGUCAGGCAGAGAAGUGCCAGGACGUGCACAGAGGAGUGGCAGAGGCGUAAAUUCAUCAGGCACAGGUCGCAGCAGACUAGGGGUGAGUGGCAGCAGGAGUGGCAGCGAGAGGCCUGAUCUCCCAGUAACAGCUAG